AUGAGUUUCCUUAUCGACUCCGGCGCAGAGGUGUCGACUAUACCGAAGUGUUCAAGUUUGGCUGAAGCAUCUAAAUCGGAUACCAAAUUGUUUGCUGCUAACGGUUCACCAAUUCAAGUGUUUGGUGAAGUUCUACUUAAAUUAAAUCUCAACUUACGUAGAGAGUUUGUGUGGAAGUUUAUAAUUGCCGACGUUUCUCAGGCGAUUAUCGGCGCAGACUUCUUAUCAUUUUUCGAUCUACUGCCAGAUCUCAAUCGACAUCGACUACUUGACCGCUGCACCGCGUUAAAAACAAUGCGUUCGAUAAAGUCCAUUAAUACACCGAAUAUUUCAACCAUCAAUGUAAAUAUGCCAUUUUCGGAUAUUUUGUUAAAAUUUCCGGAAAUAACUCAUCAACCUCCUCUAGAAGUUUCAACAAAAUCUACAGUUAUCCACCGGAUCGUAACGUCCGGACAACCGGUAUUUAGCAGACCAAGGCGGUUAUCACCUGAGAAGCUUGCUGCAGCACGUGCUGAAUUCGAGCUCUUAAUGAAACUUGGGAUAUGUCGGCCAUCUAGUAGCGACUGA